AUGCCUAAAUCUUUUCUGGUGAAAAGUCGCAGCUCAACCCGGCAAGGAUCUCGGAACUGGGGUGCACUAUCUGACCAGCUCCGGGGAGACACUUACAUCCCAGAAGGCCGCCUGGCCAAACCCUUUCCAGGCCCCUGGGUCCUCAGAGCCAACAGUCUGGGCAUGUGGGAGAGGACGCCUGAAGGAGAUCCUGGAAGUCUCAUCCCGAGUCUGUUUCCCUCUCCAAUGGAUCUUGUGGGAAAAUAUCCUAGAAGCAACAAGGGCAGGGGUCCUCCAGCAAGGGCAGAGUUCGUGUGCCACGUGUGCAGCAAGUCCUUCCCCCUGCAGCGCAUGAUGAACCGGCACCUCAAGUGCCACAGCUCCGUCAAGAAGCACAUCUGCAAGUACUGUGGCAAAGGCUUCAAUGACACCUUCGAUCUCAAGAGGCACCUGAGGACUCACACAGGCAUCCGCCCCUACUGCUGCCGCGUCUGCAACAAGGCCUUCACCCAGCGCUGCUCCCUGGAGUCCCACCUGAAGAAGAUCCACAGCAUCCAGCAGCACUACGCCUACCGGGAGCGCCGCUCCAAGCUCUUUGUGUGCGAGGAGUGUGGCUUCACCUGCAGCGGCAGCGACGAGUAUUACGGCCACAUGCGCCAGCUCCACCCUGCCCAUGGCCUGGUGGCGGAGGCCUUCCAGGAGCCAGGGGCACCCCCUUCCACCAGCCAGGGACACCCGCUUCCACCAGCCCUCCACACCCCCUUCCACGUACUCUACCCUUCUGCACACUGUGGCUGA